AUGUUAUGUCCUGUGUGUAUAGGAAAAAGACAUUUGUCUCACAGUAAUAAUCUGAGAAACCAUGGAAACAACGAGGAGAAACAUGAAGAAAAGGAUGAAGGAGAAGAUGAAGAAGAAGAAGACGAAGACACUUCGUACAACAUUGACUGCUACAAGGAGAAACAUAAUCACGAUGAUAAAGACGAUGGGAGUGAUGGAUGUGCAGAAACUAAGCCGAAACAGCAAGAUAGUGGUUACAUCUUAAGUCAAGGCUCAGGCACCAUUAGAUGUAUUGACCAUGGUAGUAAAUACGACAGCUCUGCAGGAAGUGUGAAUGGUUAUCAGAAUAACAGCGACAUGCAGGAAGCAUAUAGCCAUAUGACCAAUGCAAAUGGUUAUGUUCAGAACAGAGCAUCUGGUGAUAACCAAAAGGACACUGCAGGGAAUGUAAGUGGUUAUCAAAACAACAGCGACGUGCAGGAAGUAUAUAGCCAUAUGGCAAAUGCAAAUGAUUAUGUUGAGAACACAGCAUCUGGUGAUAACCAAACGAACUCUGAAGGGAAUGUGAAUGACCGUCAAAACAACAGCGACAUGCAGGAAGUAUAUACCCAUAUGGCAAAUGCAAAUGGCAAUAUUGAGAACAGAGCACCUGGUGAUUACCAAAAGGACACUGCAUGGAAUGUAAAUGGUUAUCAGAAUAACAGCGACAUGCAGGAAGUAUAUAACCAUAUGGCAAAUGCAAAUGAUUAUGUUGAGAACAUAGCAUCUGGUGAUAACCAAACGAACUCUGAAGGGAAUGUGAAUGGCUGUCAAAACAACAGCGACAUGCAAGAUGUGUACAGCCAUAUGGCAAAUACAAAUGGUUAUGUUGAGAACAGAGUAUCUGGUGAUUACCAAAAGACCACAACAGGGAUUGUGUAUGAUUGCGAGAAUAACAUAGAGACGGAGGAGGCGAAUAUCCAAAUGACAAAUGCUAAGAAGGAGUGCGACAGAAAUCAGAACCAAGAAGAAUGCAAUGUCUUUGCUAACGACAAAAUAGCAGAUAAGGUUGAAAAUAAAUCUGGCAUGCAAGAAAUACAACAAGAUAAAGAAAGCUAUAAGAAUGCACUUGACUCUGGAAGUCAGGAUAACUUUUACCAGCUCGAGAAUAGUUCCAAUGAAUAUUUAGUAGAUAAAAACAACCAUCGUGACGAUACAAGGCGUGAAAGAUAUUGUAAGCACUGCAUUACUACUGAGCUGACAGGUAAAGACAAUUUAUGCAUUAUGAAAUGUAUUGAAUUGAUGUGCAAUAAAGAAAAGAAAAUUAGGUGUGAAGAUAAUAGUGGCAUUGCUAACACUCAGAAUAUUCUUUACCACCAAAUAGAAAAAGAGGGAAAACUUAGCGACAACUGUAGAAACUAUGACAUUGGUUGCAGUGGUCAGUAUCUCAAUGGAUCUAAAAAACAGAGUUGCUCUGUUACUGAAGAUGAUAGAUUUGGCUGUGACGACAUAUCAAAUGAACAAGAUUAUCACAGCUAUCUUUCAUCAUAUAUAAAUGAGAAAGAUGUAAAAGCUGUAACUGGAAAUCCCACCGGAAAGGAUAUUAUGUUUGGACAAAAUACCACAGAGAAAAAUGGUAAAAACAAAGAAUAUGAUCAAGAAGAGAUAAAAAAUGGCAAUAAAAAAGUUGAUUGCAAUAUUGACAAUAACAAAGAAAAGAAACAUCACGAUGAAGAUAAUAGAGGGAGUGUAUGUGAGAACAACAGAAAAAUACAAUAUGAUGACACUCAAAACACAAUUGGCAACGACGAAAAGAAACAUCACGAUGAAGAUAAUAGAGGGAGUGUAUGUGAGAACAGCAGAAAAAUACAAUAUGGUGACGCUCGAAAUACAAAUAAAAAUAAAGGAGAAAUGAAACAUCACGAUGAAGAUAAUAGAGAGAAUGUAUACGAGAACAGCAGAAAAAUACAUGAUGAGCAUGGUCAAAAUAGAAUUGACAAUAAUAACGAAACGAAACACCACGAUGAAGAUAAUAGAGAGUCUCGAAAAACAACUGACAACAAAGAAACGAAUCAUCGCAAUGAAGAUAAAGAAAUUGAUGUGAGGACACCAAAACAAUGCAAUAUGAUGCCACUCAAAAUACAAUUAAAUAUAAUAACGAAAAGAUACUUCGCGAUGAUGAAGAUAAUACACGGGGUUGGAAAUUGUCAAAAAACUAGAGGGAAAGUAAUGUGUCACCAGAGAAGCUACAGCAAUUUCAACUGUAUAGUUGAUCAGAAUGAACGCAGUAUGGAGGAUUAA